GGGACCGGCGUGGGUAGGCGCGGCGACCCGCAGGGCCAGGUGCAGCGCCUGCGAGUCCGGGGUCGCCGCGGCCCGGGAGGAGCGUCUGGUCUCGGGCCCGCCUGUGCCGUCCCUGCGCCCUGUCCCCGGGACGCCGAGACCCUCGGAACCCAGGUUUUGCCUUACACAGUCACCCUGUCUUCUGAUCUUGACCUCAGCCAGGACCACCCCCAGCAUGCUAUGGACUUAAGGGGGAAGCAGCACAGCACCAACUAGGCAGAGACGCCCCCAGGCCAUGACAGCUCUUUGAGUGAGGUCUGGUAACAGGGAGGUGCUCUCACCCACUGGCCUGUCUAAUCCAGCUCCAAGAUGCUGAGCCUGAAGCUCCCCAGGCUGUUUAGCAUAGACCAGAUGCCCCAGGUGUUCCAUGAGCAAGGCAUCCUGUUUGGCUACCGUCAUCCACAGAGUUCUGCCAUGGCCUGCAUCCUCAGUCUUUUCCAAAUGACCAAUGAGACUCUCAACAUUUGGACUCACUUGCUGCCUUUCUGGUUCUUUGCGUGGAGGUUUGUGACUGCACUGUACGUGACAGACAUCAAGAAUGACAGCUACUCCUGGCCCAUGCUUGUGUACAUGUGCACCAGCUGCGUGUACCCACUCGUGUCCAGCUGUGCACACACCUUCAGCUCUAUGUCCAAGAAUGCCCGUCACAUAUGCUACUUCCUGGACUAUGGCGCUGUCAACCUCUUCAGCCUGGGCUCGGCCAUUGCCUACUCUGCAUACACCUUCCCGGACGCGCUGGUGUGCACCACCUUCCAUGACUACUACGUGGCUCUGGCUGUGCUGAACGCCACCCUCAGCACAGGACUCUCCUGCUACUCCAGGUUUCUUGAAAUCCAGAAGCCCAGACUCUGUAAGGUGAUUCGUGUCCUCGCCUUUGCUUAUCCCUACACCUGGGACUCCCUCCCCAUCUUCUACAGGCUAUUCCUGUUCUCAGGGGAGAGUGCACAGAAUGAAGCCACCUUGUACCACCAGAAGCACGUGAUCAUGACCCUCCUGGCCUCUUUCUUGUACUCUGCGCACCUGCCAGAGCGCCUAGCCCCGGGACGCUUUGACUACAUCGGUCACAGUCACCAGCUGUUUCAUGUGUGUGUGAUCCUGGCCACGCACCUGCAGAUGGAAGCCAUACUUCUGGACAAGACUCUGAGGAAGGAAUGGCUCCUGGCCACCUCCAAGCCCUACUCUUUCUCUCAGAUAGCUGGAGCCAUACUUCUGUGCAUCAUCUUCAGCCUCAGCAACAUAAUUUAUUUCUCUGCUGCUCUGUAUCGGACUCCUGAGCCAGAAUUACAUAAAAAAGAAACAUGAUUCAGACCAUAAGCUUUUCAUGCCAGGUGUCAACAUUAAGCUGCAACACCUUAACCACCAUAAGCCGGAGGUGGUUACAGCUUAUAAUGGCCUAAAAUAUUCAUAACGGUUGGUGUCUUUUGUGUCUUUUGAAUGAAUUCAUUUCAAAAAGGUAUUCAGCUAGAGAACAUUCUCUAAAUGUAUACUGAUUCUGUGUGUGUGAUUUUAAAAGGAGAACAUGGUUCAAGCAAGUCCUUGUUAAAGCAAACUAUUGACAUUUCGUUAAUUUUAAAAUUACUGAAAAUGGGGUUUUUAAUUCUUUUUAAACAAUUGGAUUAAGCAUAUCACCCUGGAGCUUUGCAUUACUCUUUAAAAAGGAAUCUUUCUUCAUUUGAUAAAUUUCAUGUAGCGAAGCUUCUCUCAAGAGCUCUCGCGGUGGCCUGUCAACUACUGUGGGAGAUUGAGCUAGGUCAGUCACUGGGAGGAUCUGUGGAAGGAAGUUGGUCACUGAGAGCCUUGGGGACUGGGAAAACAUUCCAGAAUGAAGAGACCUGUUUGGGGAGGGGUCUUCUUUCCUUCUUCACCUAGUGAAGGGAGAACAGAAGGAGAGUCUUCUCUUCCCACAAGUCCAUUCUGUCUUCAAGGUGCAAGUUCUCAUGUCAUCAUGGAUUUGGAGUUUGUCACUUUUUUUUUUCUUAAAAGUCCACCGUGGGGUGUCAUGUGUUCUGUUAUGCUCUGUUUUCUGGUUGCCAGUUUGAUCUGCAAAGUAUUAUUUGGAGCAGGUAAAACGUGUUAAACUAUAA